AUGAAUGGAGGCAGAAAGCGUCGAUUUCCGGUGACUGUUGCAGCAUGUUCCAUCCUUGUUUUAGUGAUAUCCGUGGUUACGGCUCAACAAGUUUUUGAUGGAAAUCGACAACCAGCUUUCGUGAGGCGGCAGCCGGCGUUCCAACAACAACAACCGAAUCAAAUACAAUUUCAACAAAAUCGAAACUUUGUACUUCCAUCUGCUUCUCCACUACGCCAUCGCAAUCUUUUCACCCGUCAAAUCAGUCAUCGCCAUCGUCCACGUCACAGGUCAUCUCUUCGAAAAACCACUCAUCAACCUCAACAAGCUCAUCUAACAUCUCGGCGUGUUAUUCCAACCUUAUCCCACAAAAGAACUCGUUCUCGAACUGUGGUGUCCUCCCUCUCAUCUCGCACUAAACCAAACGUCACGCGUGUUGUUAAUGCUAAUCAACGAACAACGACAAUCAAGUCUAACAAUUCCAGACGGCAGCAACAGCAGUUUCAACCAAGACAACCUUUCAUGACACAACGUCAACAACAGUUUCGAUUCCAACCACAACCACAACGGCAGCAGAUUUUUCAAAGGGUUCAGAGGGUUCAAAAUUUUCAAAGAGCUCCAAUUCAGAAUCAACAAUUCUUUGUGAGACAAGCAUCAACAAGGUCUCCAUUUUCAAUAAGAGCUCCAUUGUCUCCAAUGCCUUUUGGUUCUGUACAGCGAACGCCUUCUUCUUCUAUUCGACGACCAUCGAAUCGUUUAUCAGUCCGUCCCCCACUUCCUCCUCCAACAACUCCUCAAACUCUUACAACUACUACUCCCAUUCCAUCAACUUCUUCCUCUUCUCCAUCUACUUUUCCCCCAAUUCCCACUACCACUCAGCCCGUUUCCCUUCCCUCUUCAACCCAUGUUGCCACAAUUCAUUCCGUCGGUGGAUCCCUUCGUCGACCAAUCCGUGUUCAACAACUCCAACUCAAUCUCCGAAGAAAACCCCAAAUGACACGUGGGCAAUUUAGAAGACCUCAAUCUAACUCGAAAUUCCCAUUGACUCGACAUCAACCGACUCAUCGAGUUACAAAACCUGAUAGAGUGACAAGGCCAAUAGUCUCAACAACAAAUGAACCUAUAACCACAACAACAGAAGAAGAAAUAUCUCUUACGGUAGCUGGAACAACUCCAGAAGGAAUCCAACGGCAAUCCAGCAACUUGAAGCAAGUUGACGAUAUUGAAGCAGCUAUUCUUCAAGCAGUUAUUGAAUCGUCCUCCCCAGAACCGCCUCCAUCAACAACUCGUCGCCAACGAAUUCAUCGAAUUCGUCCAGGUCACAGACACCGUCCCGCACCUCCACCUCGUGUGGACGCAAUAGAAGAAGCGGUGCUUCGAGCUGUUCUCGAGGCAACGCCAUCUGCUCCAAUUCCAGAAGAAGUGACAUCAACAACAGAAGGAACUACAACUACAACAGCAAAAAUCGAAGAACCAAUUGAAACGACAACUCUGAAGACAGAAUCGACGUCCCUGUUCCCAGCAUUUGCAACCAGAAGGCAUGGUCACAGACGCCCCACUACAGUAAUCCCACCAACUCCAGAAAUGACUACUGAGUCAACAGUUAUCAUAACUGAACCCACUACUGAGCCAACAACAACAACUACAAUCCCUGAAGAAACAACGACGUCAGCCGAAGAAUCAACGACAUCUGUAACUGAAGGAACAACGACAGAACAAGUGACGGAUAUCACAAUUGCUCUUCCAGAAGACGACUUUGAAGAUAUUAAUGCGAAGAUAUCAACAGAAGAUCACCAAUUGCAUCAAAUCGAAGAUAAUGUGAUCUCAGCUCUCUCGACACCAACUUCCACUGCAUCUUCCUCCCCAACUCCACCAUCCCCUCUCCCUUCAACACUCCCAUCGUCUCCUUCGCCGCCAUCUCCUCCUGCUCCACCCACAGAAUUCAAUCUUCAACAAGCCGGUCCUCCUGGUUCGAUGCCUCCUUCUGAUGAUAUCGUUGACGAACUGAACGACUCUUCGGAUUUCUUGCAAGUGGCUCAACGACUCCAUUUGCUCCGAAGGCUUCUUCAGUGA